GGAUAUCCGCAGUAUGAACUGAAAACUUGGCAGGCACACUGCCGACUAAAUUACGAGCAAAUUAAAUAAAUAAAUGCAACUAAUAUGGACAGUUAACAAAAUGCGUAGAGCGAAACACAACAACGAGCAGACGCCCAGGCCGGAGUGAAACACAAACUUGGAUAUUUGGUUUUUUUUUUGUGUUGGUUUGGCCAGAAGUGUGUUGGCAAGAGCGGCUCCAAGGAAGAGGAGUUGUGCAGCGCGGAUGUGUGUGGGGAGUGGAAAGUAAAAGUGGCGGUGCCUGUCUCUAUACGUGUGUGCGAGUGGCAGUGCCAGCGUGCGUGUGUUGGCGCGUUUGUUUGUGUCGGUGUGUGCCGAAAAAGAAGUUGCAGAAACAUAAUCGGCGGCGGCGGAGAGUUACGCAAAAAAAAGAAAGAAACACAAAAAGAGCCCCAAAUAGCAACCACAACGAAAGAUAUUGUUCAAAAGAAAACAACGUCGGAUUUUGCCCACUGCGCUGAGUUAGUGAGUAAAGUGGUGUGAGUGUACAAAGGCGACUAAGUGAGCGAGCGAGAGGAGUGGCGAAAAGAGGAGCGGAGGACCGAGCGUAGCCCAGUGCGUGCGAGUGAGCAAGAGCGACCGGCGCAAUGAGCAGCAUUGUUGGCGAGAAUCACGGCACUACAAGCCUCCCACAGCCACCACCGCCCGCCGCCGCCACCACCACCACAGUGGUGGUCAGCAGCAGCGUGUCCAGUAGCGCUGGCGUAGGGGGUGGUGGCGUCGUCAUGGGCGUAACCACCGCCAACGGGCCGCGGGUAGUUACCAUUUACAAAACGGAAACGGGCUUCGGGUUCAACGUGCGCGGCCAAGUGUCCGAGGGCGGACAGCUGCGGUCCAUCAACGGGGAGCUGUACGCACCGCUGCAGCACGUGAGUGCCGUCCUGGAGAAUGGGGCGGCGGAGAAGGCGGGCAUCAAGAAGGGCGACCGCAUACUGGAGGUAAAUGGCGUCAGCGUUGAAGGAGCCACCCACAAGCAGGUGGUGGAUCUGAUCAAAUCCGGCGGCGAUUGCCUAACGCUCACGGUGAUAUCGGUGACACAACAGGAGGCCGAUCGCCUGGAGCCGCAGGAGGAUCAGAGCGGCUACUCCUACAUUGACUACUCGGACAAGCGAUCGCUGCCCAUCAGCAUACCCGAUUACGGGAUCAUCAAUAGGAAUGGCGAGCGCUACAUCGUCUUCAAUAUACACAUGGCCGGGCGGCAGCUGUGCUCUCGUCGGUAUCGGGAGUUUGCCAAUCUGCACUCGCUGCUCCGCAAGGAAUUCUCCGGAUUCAACUUCCCCAAGCUGCCCGGCAAGUGGCCCUUUCAGCUCAGCGAACAGCAGCUGGACACGCGGCGUCGCGGGCUCGAGCAGUAUCUGGAGAAGGUCUGCGCCGUCCGGGUGAUUGCCGAGAGCGAUGCCGUGCAGGAUUUUCUAACGGAUACCGAGGACGAUAUAUCCGCCGCGCCGGUGGACAUCAAGGUGAUGCUGCCCGACCACGAGGUUAGCACGGUGUCGGUGAAGAAGUCGUCCAACGCCCAGGUGGUGUGGGAGAUUCUGGUGCAGCGCGCCAACCUCACCGCCUACACGCAGCAAUACUUCUAUCUGUUCGAGAUCGUCGAGUACAACUUCGAGCGGAAGCUGCAGCCGCACGAGAUACCGCACCAGCUGUACGUGCAGAACUAUAGCACCGCCUCCUCCACCUGCCUGUGCGUGCGCCGCUGGCUGUUCUCGGUGUCCAAGGAGCUGACGCUGCCGGACGGAGAGCAAGCGGGACGCUUUAUCUUCUAUCAGGCGGUAGACGAGGUGAAUCGCGGGAAUAUCCGAGCAGAUGGCCGCCUGUACGAGCUGAAGGCGCUGCAGGAUGCCAAAAAGGCGGCCGACUAUUUGGCCCUGGCCCGCACACUGCCCGGCUACGGGGACGUGGUCUUUCCCCACUGCUCCUGUGAUAGUCGCAAGGAAGGACAUGUGGUGCCAGCCGUGGGCAUGAAGAGCUUUCGCCUGCACGCCUGCCGCGAGGAUGGCUCGCUGGAGGCGCAAAUGGUCGAGCUGACCUGGGACAGCAUCACGCGCUCUGAGAGCGACGAGGAGUCCAUGUCAUUCUGCUUUCAGUACAAUCGUCCAGACAAGCCGGCACGUUGGGUCAAAGUCUACACGCCAUAUCACGCAUUCCUUGCGGACUGCUUCGAUCGCAUCAUGGAGGAGCGCAAGUGGGAGGACAGCGGCGACUAGGAGACGGAGAGCGGGAAAGGAAAGGAGCCGAGAAAGCGGCGGCAGGAAGCCCAGAAGAUUAUUGCAAGGCCAUGCAGGCGGGCCGAGACAUUGCACAUUGUUCGUUAGCAGGCUGGUGGCAACCU